AUGGCCGCCUCCAUGAUCCCACCACCAAUCGUCUCAAGCCCAUCCCAAGUUUCCCCCUCCCCUCGAGCACUCGCCCAAUCCCUCGUCAUCGCCCCCGACAAUCCCCUUCAAGACAGACAAAGCGAGCUAGAAGCCGAUUUGCAGUUCCUCCUCGACGCUCAAGCGGAGGGACUAGUCAAGGGGCUCGAGGGCGGAGCAGGACUAUCAGACGACCAGACAUCUAAUGGCAGUACAACGCCGACGGCACGGAGCACGGGAUCCGCCAUUUCACAACACGCCAGAAGACGCGCCGCCCGUCCAAAACCGGGUCUAAGAAGUGCAAGAAAGGGAAUCUACACCUCCAUGCUCGCCCUAUCGACUCUAAAAGACGACGAAAUAGCAGAAGCAGAAGAAGACGUGCGUGCAAGCGAGGACAAACUCUCCCAAAUCUCAGAAUGGGAGACGAAGAAAGCCGGGCUACGCGAAGCGACACGCACUCUAGAUGGCGACGAAGAGACGGUGCGAGCGCAGAGGCUGCGGCACGAGGCGGAGGUGCUGCAGCGGGAAAUCAGCGCGGUCGAAUUGCAGUUGGCGGAUAUGAAGGGGCGGCAUCGCAGGUUGGUCGGGCAGUUGGAGGCGGUGGAGAACGCGGUGCAGGCGCGCUUGGCGUCGUAUACUUCUAGUUUGCGGUUGUUGGAGGAGGAUGUGCGGAAAUUUCUCACGCUGGAGGAAUCGUCGGCGGAUGCGAGGGGUGGGGGAAGUCCGGCGGGUGGAGGGCGAAGGACGCUUGAGCUGGCUAAACAGCGUUGGACUGAGGAGCGAGGCAUGAGUAUGGAGCGAAGGCAGGCCAUUGAGCACGAGAAGAGCGCGCUGGACGAUGGCGCUGCGCUAUGGAAGGAUGUGGUGACGCAAGUGACUGAUUUCGAGCGGAGACUGCGAGCGGAAGUGUCGAAAAUGUCCGGCGCCUCGCCGCUUGAGUCCCCCGCGGCAGAAGACAAUUCGCAAACACUGGCAGGCCUUCUGGAGCACAUGGCGCGGCUGAUGCACGAGCUGGAGUCCAGCUUCGACAUCGCGCAGGAGCGGAAAUGGAAUCUUCUCAUUGCGGCGAUUGGAGCGGAACUAGAUGCUCUGGGCCGCGGGAAGCGGCUCUUGGAAAACCUGCUUCAUCCCGGUACCGGCGGUGAUCAGAGGUCAGAGAAAGACACACAUCAACCGUCCGUUGAUGACGCAUCGGCGCAGGAAAUCCUCGAACUCGACAAGAGCUUCGACGAGACCUCAAGACGACGCCUCAGCAACGGCACCGACUCCGAUCCCGAUCCGGACCUCCUGUUCUCCCGGCGUGAUGAUCCUGACGCAGAGGACGAUGCAUAG